UAAGGUGUAAUAUUUAAUGCUAAUAGCUGCACUUGUUUUGCUCAGUCUUACUUUCUCAUUUGACCAAAUAACUAAAACCUUUUUCUUUUCUCAACUAUUUCUUGAAAAGGUCAAUUUCGCAACCCUAUCUUGAUCCUCUCCCUUGUUCUCUAUCUUCUUCACACGCACACACGCAAAAUGUGUGUGCUAUGAAUAGCUAUAUAUAUGGAGAAAGCAAUCAAAAUUUUCAUCUCCAAAAUUAGGAAAUCAAAUUAAAUUAAAUAUGAAUAGUCCCAAGAUUUCAAGGGAGAAACCAUCAUCUAAAUCAAAGAAGAAGAUUUUGAGGCUUCUACCAAAGGCAGCUCAAGCAGCAGUUUCAUUCCAAAACCCUCCGUUCAGCCCGGGCCGGGCCGAUGCAAAUUCGAAGCUCAAAUCCCAUUUACACAAGGGUUUCUCCGGCCCGAUGAUCCCCGCCGAAGCCCGAGGAAAGUCCAAGGAUUUCGAAACGCAAGAACCAACUUCGCCGAAAAUUUCAUGCAUGGGCCAAAUCAAGCACAAGAAAAAGAUGUGUAAGAAGCAAGCCUCUCUGCCCAAAGGAUUCAAGCCCGUUUUACUUCCUCAACCCGAGAGAAUCACCAAAGCCCGGUCAGCGGGCCCUGCGCCGGAGCUUAAGAAGAAGCCGGCGGGUCUUAUGAAGAUUUUCAGCGGCAGAAGAAAAUCCGACGCCUCGCUUGAUCGCGGCAAGCCGCCGCUCCCCCAGAGGGCUCCGAGCAUCAGCCAGAUGAGGAGAUUCGCCAGCAGCCGCGACACGUUCGCUAAUUUUGAUUGGACAACAUCUCAGAUAGCGCCGGGGGACUGUUACUCCGAUGAAGAUAGCGACGGCGAAGAUGACGCCGCCGUUAUCCCUUUCUCGGCGCCGAUAUUGGUGGCUGGCGGCUUGAGUUUGGAGCCGAGGAAAGAAAUUAAUUUGUGGAAAAGGAGGACCAUGGCUCAGCCUAAGCCGCUCCAGCUAAACAUUGCUACACCGCAAUAUUAAAAUACAAAACUUAGAUUUUGGUUUUCUCUUCUUUCUUUAUUUUUCUUUUGGUGUCUUUUCCUUCUUCAUUUAAUUUAUUAUUCAUUUCGUAAUCACAAACUUGUACAAAGAUGUGAAAGGAAAUUAUAAAGAUUAGUUUAAUUGCUUCAUCUGCAUAUAAAAA